CAACUGUUUUUUUUUUUUUUUUUUGCAGGCUUCAAGAUUCCUGUAAUUGAGAAUAUGGGAGCAACAUUGGAUCAGUUUGAUGCAUUUGAUCUCACUGACAAUGAUAUCAGAAGACUGGAUGGCUUCCCAUUACUGAAGAGACUUAAAUCUCUUCUUUUGAGCAACAACAGAAUAGUUCGUAUCUCGCCAACACUGCCAGAAUGUCUGCCAAAUUUGGAGUCGGUUUAUUUGACCAACAACCUCAUUGCAGACCUACAUGACGUGGAUGUAUUCGAACAGCUGCCUAGACUGGAGUAUCUUUCUCUAAUAGCAAACCCUGUCACUGCCAAGGAGCAUUACAGGGCCUAUGUCAUACACAAAGUUCCUCAGCUACGCGUGCUGGACUUCCGGCGCAUCCGUCAGCGCGAGCGCGACGCGGCCAAGAAGCUCUUCAAGAGCAAGAGCGGCAAGGAGCUCGUCAAAGCAGUCAACAGAAGUAAGGCAGCGGCGGCAGCCUCAGCAAACACCUUCACGCCCGGGGAAGGCCUUCCUCAGAACAAGAAUAAGGCCCAGGGCCUGAGCGAGGAGGAACAGCAGGCAAUCCGCGAGGCGAUCAAUCAGGCACGUUCCAUGGAAGAGGUCGAGAAGCUUCAAAAAAUGCUCAAGGCUGGCAAGAUCCCUGGCUCCAAGAAUGGCGUUACUACGGAAGAUGAAAACGGCAACGAGGGUGCGGAUGACGUCAUCGAGGUUGAGGAUGACGCUAUGGAGACCUAAAGCUACAUCGUCAUUAUUUGCAUACUUUUCGCGAUAUCGAUGCUUCAUCAAUGACUUUAAAAAAAGGUAUAUCCAUUUUUAGAGCCUAGAUCAUGUUAUGAAAGACAAAAUUCAAAUUCGCCAGUGAAAUUAAGUUCACUCAUCAAUAAGGAUUCGUGCUUCAAUUGGUCUUAGAAUUUUUCCUUUUUCUAUCACCAGUUGCAUUUACUGACGAGUUUAUAUGUCAUUGAUUUAGCAUCGACGAUCGGAAUGACUGCAAACGAUCUCAUGUUUCUUUCGUAUUAGUUACUAAUUUGAUUGGUAAGUAUUGUACUCAUCCACAACUUGGGUGCCGCUCACAUCUGCUGCCGGUACUACACGCGAUAAGAACGGCUUGCUGCACUUGGUCUUGAGCUAGAGCACGGCCGAGCUUGUUGAUCAGUCCAAUAUACGCCUUUGAAAAAUUAGUACAAAUCAUUUCAUAAC